CAUGGCGACCCCACCCAAAAGGAGCCGGGCAGAGAGGAUCAAGAAGAUCGCCGUCGAAGGCAAUAUAGCUGCAGGCAAGUCUACCUUUGUGAAUAUUCUCAAACAAGAAGAGUGGGAAGUUGUUCCGGAGCCCGUAGCAAAAUGGUGCAACGUUCAGACUUGCCAAGAUGACUGUGAGGAGCUGACGGCCUCUCAAAAGAGUGGUGGCAACUUACUUCAGAUGAUGUAUGAAAAGCCGGAGAGGUGGUCCUUCACUUUCCAGACGUACGCCUGCCUGAGCAGAAUCCGGGCACAGCUGAAAUCUCUCGAUGGGAAGCUCAAAACGGCAGAGAACCCCGUCGUUUUCUUUGAGAGAUCAGUUUAUAGUGACAGGUACAUCUUUGCAUCUAAUCUAUAUGAGUCUGACUGUAUGAAUGAAACAGAAUGGACUAUAUACCAAGACUGGCAUAACUGGAUGCAUGAGCAGUUUGGAUCUAGUCUUCAACUGGAUGGUAUUAUUUAUCUCCGAGCUACCCCUGAGAAAUGCUUGAAUAGGAUUUAUGUGCGUGGAAGAGAUGAAGAACAAGGCAUUCCCAUAGAAUAUCUGGAAAAGCUUCACUACAAACAUGAAAGUUGGCUUCAGCACAGGACGAUGCGAACGGAUUUUGACUAUCUGCAAGAGGUACCGGUCCUAUCGUUGGAUGUAAACGAAGACUUCAAAGGCAAUAAAGACAAGCAUGAAAAUAUGAUCGAAAAGGUCAAAGAAUUUUUGAGCACUUUAUAGCCCUCCUUCAAAUCACGCCGAAUCCAAG